CACGGAGGCUCCCACACGUGCUCGAUAAUGCAGGAAAGAUGCGAAGGAUGGAGAAGUAAUCAUAUCAUAUUCUCUAUAUCACUCUAACUAAGUAUACGUACAUCCGGGAUCUUCAUUUGGUGUAAUUGACCCACUUUUCGACAAAAAGUAGCAGACGAACUAAAGUUGAUUUUGUGAAAGUUUUUAAAAAUGUCCGAGGACCAACCCGUCUUCGUCCAACUAAGGAGAAAGGAUCCUUCUGUACAGUGGGGAUUUCGUAUGAAUGGAGGAAGAGAUCAGGGAUCUAUAUUAUAUAUUCAGAAACUAUCACGUAAUGGCGUGGGAGACCGAAGUGGCUUACGACCGGGGGACGGAAUUCUAAAAAUAAAUAAUGUACCAGCAACGUAUCUAGACCAUGAACAAGCUAAAAUGGAAAUUAUCAGAAGUGGAAAUGAAUUAGAUUUUGUGGUGCAAAGAGAUGCCAUAGACGUAGGUCAACAUAGAGGAGCACAAACUAAACCAGCACCAAAACAACGUUCUGAAGUUGAUGAGGAACCCUCGAUGUAUAAGGGAUACACUAACCCUAAUGUACAGUCUAGAUCAUUUAAAAUAUUGCAACAAUCAUUAAAUUAUUCAGAAGCACCACAAGAUGGACCUGCCAGUGAAGCUGGACAAAUGAAAUUGAUGACAAUGUCUGACUUCAUGUAUUCUACAGGAAAGACUGAUUGAGCAACCAUGAUAGCGUCAUUUCUUUAUAUUUCAAAGUUGUUUCGUUUUUAUUUACAUUCCUCUGUUCUUCCUAUGAUGUCAUGUUCGUCUACACAGAAUUUUCUAUUUUUUGGCCUCGAUUGGUUUGAGAGGGCUGCCUUCGACAAAAAAGAAUCAGAUUGAAUAGGAGCAUUUUUGCAGCCAUACCUAUCCAGGUUAUUAUAAGAGGAGGAGAUUAUAAAACACUCAUCAUCUAGACUAAAUGUGAUGCACCAUUCCUAAAACUUGUAGUGAUGGAAAGUAGUUUGUUUGCAGGCAGUUCUUUUAGUAGAUAAAAUUAGUUAU